CCACUCGUUAAGCUGCUUUAUCCUCGCCGAGCCGAGCCGACUGCUGCGCCUCCGGUUCACAGACAAAUCACAACACCAGCGGGAGAAAAAAAGGAAUCAAAUCUCACGGUGCGAGCUGGACAAAUUGCUUCCAUCUUCAGAGUUGGGCAAAAAGAGCCCCGAUUGGACCAAAAAGAAGUCGCUGCUGAGGCAGACCACAAGUGCGCACUGGGAACUGAACCAAGGAGGGAAACUGGCAAAGCUGGUUUGGGCAUGGAACAUAUUACACUUUGGAUAUUCUUGAUAACUAUUUACAUCUUGUCAGGAGGGAAUGGCCAAACCGUAGAAAUGGAUGAUGGAAAGUCAGGGUACAUGGGUUCAAAAGUAGAUCUUCGCUGUCGGUUCAUCAACAGCUCGCCGCCCGUCAAAAUCUCACAGGUGACAUGGCAGAAACUGGUCAAUGGCACUAAGCAGAACGUGGCCAUCGCCAACCCGUCUCUCGGAGUGUCUGUGGCUCCGCCCUACAAGGACCGCGUUAGCUUUAAGAACGGCGCCGUGAGGCGUCGGACGCCGACCCUGGAAGACACCACCAUCACCUUUUCCUCGCUGCGCUUGUCCGACGAAGCCACCUACAUCUGUGAAUACACCACCUUCCCUGCGGGCAACAGGGAGAACAAGGUCAACCUGACAGUUUAUGUUCGUCCGACCACUCAGAUGAGCUUAUCCACACCGACGCUGGUGGCUCGCGCAUCCAACCUGAAGACGCCGGUGGCGUCGUGCGUCUCCGCCAAUGGGAAACCACCUGGUGUUAUCAGGUGGGAGACCAGGGUGCCUGGCGAAGUGAGCACCCGCGAGUACAAAAACUCAGAUGGCACCUUCACCAUUCAGAGUGACUACAUUUUGGUGCCCAGCAGGGAAACACACAAGGAGACGCUCACUUGUGUUACCUCCUACAACGAGGAGGUGUUCACCGACAGCGUCACCCUUGAUAUUCAGUAUGAACCUGAUGUUUUGGUAGACGGCUACGACGGAAACUGGUAUCUGAACAGAGAAAACGUCCAGCUGAGCUGCCAAGCAGACGCCAAUCCGGCAGUGUCUCUCUAUCAGUGGAGGCUGAUAAACGGCUCCAUGCCGAGUAUUGCCGAGAUCCGAGACAACGUCCUCAUCUUCAAAGGUCCAGUCACGUACGAUCUGCAGGGUACUUAUGUGUGCGAUGCCACGAACAGUAUCGGGACCAGAUCGGGCUUCGUUGAGGUCAGCGUUAUAGACAAGCCGCUGCCGCAGAUAGCGACCGGUGACGUCAUCAGCGUGGUGGCCUUAUUGUUGGCUGCCGGCGUUUUAAUGGGAAUUACCAUCACAGUGCUGGUGCUCAAGAUCCGAAGCAGAAAAGAUGACAGCUCAGAUGACUCCCCAUCAAGGAAACUGUCCCAGCCGAUAGGCAAAAGACCCGCUGAAGAAAUUCAGCAUUCUGGGCGUUUCUACGAGGAGCUUCCGAACACAGCGGACUACGUGAGUUACAGACUAGCCUGCAACAAGGAGGACUACCCGGAGCCCUACUCCCCUCCUAUCAAUCCUCCGCUGUCUUUCCUGCCCCAACACCCCUACCACUCUCCACAAGCCACUACGAUCGCAGCCAGCAGCAGUAGCAGCACCAACUCGUCCAAGAACACCUUUUCUCCGCCCUUGCACUCCGCCGCCAUUUUUAAGUACCCCUCAGUUUCGGGCAUGUCCUCUCCUACCCCGGGGAUCGGGACGUACACGUUUCCCAAAGAGCAGUACGUCUGAACCGGCGGGAUUUUGCGGUGAUCUCAAAAACAGAACACAAACUUUUCCUAAGAGGAGUUUGGAAAACUUGACAGUUUAUUAUUGGACUGUCGAUAACACUUGGCAUUGCAGCUUUUGGACUUUUUUUUGUGUCGACUUUGACAAUACCUUCUCUGUCCUUGAAUCCCGUUUUUUUUUUAAAGGGAAUAUUCUCACAGCCAAAUUACUUGUCUCUUAUUUAUAGCUGUUUACCAUCGCUAAUUUCAAAUUUCUUAUGGAAUCUUUUAAUGUGGCUUGACCCAUUUACUGAUCCUAUCUUUUUGUAAGAAAAACACAAUUUGGAAAAACUCCUCGUCUUGUAAACAUUGAUCAUUUCCAACGCUGAAUCCCAGCAUACCUCACCUUUUAUGUCCUGUGUUUGUAUUUUGAAGAUACAUUUUUAUUGACUGGAUAUUUUUUGGAGAACAUUUAUAGUACAAUGUGUCUUUAUGUUUAAUUUAGUAUUCAUUGACACUGGUUGUUGGAUGAACUCUGAAUUUUUAGCAUUUCAAUAAAAAAUGGGCAAGAGGCUUGUAAUCAGUGGAGUU